AAAGUUAAGUAAACUUAAUAUAAGUAAGUUGCGCCAACUCUCAAACUCCUGCUUAGCGCCAGUACCCAGCUGUACCCGUUGGCGGGGAUAUCCUGGCGACUUUUAAACUCACUGAUGUAGUAGAGUUGAAACGAAUUGUGAGUCUUUUAUCGCGUGUCGACGUCGGCGGUUGUCGAUCGCUCGCGAGAUAUAAACGCGUGCGACUUCAACCGGCGUGCGAUCCACAAACUUUCGUACUUUUUCCGUAAAAAGUACUUCGAAUAAUUAAAUUUAAAUUUAAUAAGUGUAUACGUGCGUGAAUCUCAAUUUUUCGAGCGUGGCGCGCGUGAACACGGAUCUCGCGGAAAGUUUAAAUAAGAUACACAGAGGAAUCGAAGAAGUUAUUACGAUAAAUUCAAAGAUUAGUAAAUUUUCGGCGGCUCUUUGGAUCAUCAACGGGUUUACUUGAUUUCGAAGUCUAGAAGUAUAAAUAAAACGAACGAAUUCACGGAUUACAAAUCGAAGAAUGAAUUGAGGAAUGAAUCGAAAUUGAUGUUAGAACUGAAAAAUUUAACAUUCACCUGGCGUUCUCAAUGUUCUCCAUGUCUUCAAUCAACUUUUAAACAAGCUGCCAUCAAAUAACUGCCAUGAAUAUUACCCUUAUAAAAUUAUAAACAAUAUUAUUAAUAUUAUACCUAUAAUAAUGGCGUAUGCAUUGUCUUAUGAUAAAUUCGACGAUCCCGAAUACACUCUCAUGAUGAUGGGCAAGCAAGGCAAGCCUAAGAAACAAUUUUACACAAAGAAACGACGCUUAAAACUGUGCGGAUUCAAAACCACCUACGAUGUCAAUUCAGCAAUGAUGAGUACAAUCGGUACACCGGCAGUAACAACAACCACAACAUUAAAUUCAACCGUAGAUGACACAUGCGAUGUGAAUAUGUUAAAAAAGUGUACGAGAUGUUCGAGCGUAGUGAAUUUCAAUGAGACGAAAACCUGUAAACUUUGUGAACGUAAGAAACAUUUAGAUCUGGAUGCGUUCACGUUCAAUUUAGACGAACGCAAUCAAAAGAAUGAAAAACGUUUGACAACGCGUGAAAAUCGACUCGGAAAAUGCGCGGGAUGGUAUUGUGUGUUGGCGUGUCUUGUUGUACUCGCGUUGAUAGGGGUGGGUUUUGUUUUACUCGCAAAUAAAUCCGGAAAUGUGAGCAUGGAGACCGAGGUGAUUAAUGCAACAACACUACAUCAGGUUACUACUACGCUUGGCAGUGGAGAUGAAGAGAACAAAAGAUCUGGGACCGGCUCAUCGAGCGUGGGCUUCUUCGCGCCGACGACCGCUGCGUUCCAAGACGCGUCUCUGCCCUCAGAUUAUCCUGGUGAUAGUCCAGCUUCAGAAACACCAACGCCAUCUAUAGCAUCAACUGUCUCCAUCGACUACACAAAAAACACUCUAUCAGCCAAAACUACACCUACAAUUAUAAAUCCAGUUAACACAAACGAUUCUAACAUGGAAUAUGUUACGCCAUUAAAAAAUUCACCCCCGCUGCACGUGUAUGAUAAGAUUUACGAUGAGAUAAGAAGCGGUGACACUGUCAGUGUCAACGAGAACGUCGAAGAACUAGCGAAUACGAACGUUGUCCAUUCCGGGCAUUUUCGAGAUAACACUGCCGAAGUUUUUGAUCCGCAUCCUAAGUACGAGAUUAACGCGACCAAUAAAAAGAUUGUAUUGGAAUUGACGCAGGAUAUGAAUUUUAGACCUCCACAUUUAAGGAUAGUUUCUGUGAGCAACAACAUCAGCAGGAAACACGACGACAAGAAUCCAGCAUGUUACUACACCGGGACGGUGCGCGGCGAGCUCAUUUCGCAUGUUGGCGUUUCCUUAUGCAACGGCAUGGUAGGUUACAUCAAAACCUCACAUGGUGAUUAUCACAUCGCACCCGAUGAGGAAUACGAUCCUGUUAAACACAGUAAAACAUCCAUUCGGCAUCGAUUGACUAAGAUGCAGAAAAAUGAGGUUGGAAACGCCGAGGAUCAAUCCGAUGUGCAUGAUAAUGAUGAAGUUAUUAGCAAUCCGGUUCAUUUUGAACCUUUACCGGAUAAACCUUUGAAAAAGCGAAGGUUUAUUCAUAGAUCUACGAGAUCUGUAGGAGGAUAUGAAGAUGAUGUGGUUGAUUAUGCGUAUUAUUACCAUCAUUAUGGCGAAGACGAGAUUGCGAAUUCUGCUAAGGACCAAGCAAAUUUCGAAAAGAACCAACCUUAUUAUAUUGCUACCAUGGUGGUUACAGAUCGGAAAAUGUCUGAAUAUCAUAAAAACGAAGAUGAUUUAACCAGAUAUAUUUUGACUUUGAUGUCACACGCUGCGUUGUUGUUCAAAGACGCUACAGUUGGUAACCCUAUCUCCUUGGUAGUCGUAGAUAUUGUUAUCCUGAACAAUACAGAUUUUACAGCUCCUAGUAGUCCAGAAAUUCUCCGGAAAUUUUGCGAAUAUCAAACGAAGCACAGCCAUAAAAAACAUGACGUUGCCCUUUUGCUAACCCGUGAUGUCAUUUGUAAAAACGCUUCUGUCGAGGUGUGCACCACGCUGGGUGUGGCCGAAGUAGGUUCCAUGUGUAAUCCGUCUUCCAGUUGUGCAGUGGUUCGUGAUAAGGGUCUUUCAACGUCUUUUACGAUCGCUCAUGAACUGGGACAUGUUUUAAGUAUGCCCCAUGAUGAUGAUCGUAAAUGUAACAAGAUCUACAAUGGUACCACUCCGAAUUAUAUCAUGGCGAGGUCGUUGCACCAUGAAACACAACCAUGGCAUUGGUCACAGUGCUCCAAACACUAUCUCACUGAGUUUCUAAAUUCUCCCAGAUCACGUUGUCUUUUAGAUGUGCCACAUGAAGAUCAUAUGCGUGAUAAUCCACUUAGGCCACGUGAUAGUCUUCUGCCAGGGGAAGCGUUUCAGGCUGAUCAGCAAUGCGAACUUGAGUUUGGGCCCGGGUCAAGAAUAUGCUCAUUCAUGCCAAAAUGUUCUUCACUUUGGUGCACGCAUGAAUUCGAUACAAAACCGGGUGAUUCCGGUUGUAAAACUCAAUAUAUGCCAUGGGCUGAUGGUACCCCAUGUGGAAGAAACAUGUGGUGCCUCCAGGGUCAAUGCACAUCCAAGAAUCACUUCAAACCUGUGCAUGGGGGUUGGGGAAAGUUCGAACCGCGCGGGAAUUGUACGCGUCCCUGUGGGGGUGGGAUACAAAUGUCUGUGCGUGAGUGUAAUAAUCCUACGCCAGCUCAUGGAGGGUCUUACUGCAUGGGACCAAGCCAUCAUUAUAAAUCUUGUAAUGUUCAUCGUUGCCCAAAACAUACUCCUGAUUUCCGGGAGACUCAAUGUGCUCAGUUUAAUGGGAACAGUAAAGGACUACAUGGCCUGGACCACAAUGUUCGAUGGGUUCCCAAAUAUGGUACCAAUAUUGAAGAUGCUUGUAAGUUGUACUGUAGAGUUGACCUUUCUUCAUCUUAUUACCUCUUGGAGAAUAAGGUUCUUGAUGGUACCAAAUGUGGUUUGAACAGUUUUGAUAUUUGCGUCAAUGGAGUGUGUAUGAAGGGAGGUUGUGAUAAUCGUCUGGCUUCAAAUGUCACUCUAGAUGAUUGUGGGGUUUGUGGUGGGAACAACAAAGAGUGUUGUAAAAGCGUUGGGUUCUACAACAAAACCAACUACGGUUAUAAUCAUGUCAUUCGGAUUCCCAAGGGCAGUUCUAAUAUAAUCAUCAAACAGGGUGCGUUGGCUGAUAGUGAUUCAGAUGAGAAUUAUCUAUCAUUGAAGGACCCACCCGAAGGCAGAGGCCCCAAAGCGUACCACCUCAACGGUAAUUCUGUUAUAUCCGGAUACACCAAAGAUAUCAUCUAUGGUGGAUUAACAUUUAAAUACAGCGGUAGUAACAUUUCGGAAGAGUCUAUUGUAACUCCCCCGAAAGCAAAACUUACAAAGGACAUCAUGGUGGAGGUUCUACAAGUGGGAAACGUGACCUAUCCCAAUAUUGAAUGGUCUUAUACCAUUUCUUGUAAGGACACUCCCAAUUACAGUUGGGAGUAUUAUGAAGAUAAAUGGACGGACUGUAAUUCAAUAUGUCGUGGGUAUCGGUACCCGUUGAGGAAGUGUAAAGAUUUGGUGGAGAAUGUGGAAGUUAAUCCUCAGUACUGCGAGAAUCAGAAUAAUGAUAAACCUAAAGCAUGCAACACUCAUUGUGAACUUGAAUGGAGGGUUGUGCAGAAAGGACCGUGUUCUUCUUAUUGUGGUCCUGGUUGGAGAAGUCUUACCCAUGAAUGUAUUGAAAUUGAUGUAAGUAGUAAGAAACAAAGGGUCAUAGACCCACAACACUGCCGUGGUAUAAAAGCACCACCUACAAGAGAACGUUGUGAAGGUGCUUGUGAAGCUAUUAGAUGGCAAUAUGGCGAAUGGGAAUUCUGUACUAAAUCCUGUGGAGGUGGUCAUCAAGAACGAAGAGCUGUUUGCGUAAAUGACAAGGGUGAGAUCCUAGAUGAUCAUUACUGCGCGCAACAGGAAAAACAUGUUUCACAACCUUGUGGGGAGACCAUCUGCCCAUCAUGGUUAUUCCACGAUUGGUCAUCUUGUUCUGUAACUUGUGGGACUGGAAUAAGACGUCGUCAAGUCUCAUGCAUGUUAGGUAACCGGGUAAUGCCUAAUCAAUUAUGUGCUCCUCAUCGUCCACCAAUAGAAGUAGAGGAAUGCACGGAAGCACCUUGUUACGACCCAAUGUGGAUGCAUGGUGAUUGGAAUGAUUGCAGUGGGGAUUGUGGAGAUACCUACCAAAAACGUUUGGUCACUUGCAUGGACACCGAAACAGGGACCAAAAUUAUUGAAGAGCAUUGUACUGCCAAACUUGGUGCCAAACCACAAGAUAAAAGAAGGUGUGAUCUUCCACAGUGUAUUUACGAAUGGAUACCAUCUCCAUGGGGGAAAUGUUCCAAGUCUUGCGGUGAAGGUGAGCAAACACGACAGGUUCUCUGCAUACGUAAGGAUAACAAAAACACAGAAAACGAUCAAUACUGCGAAGGGUUAUCGAUUGAGAAACCUCCUACUACUAGAAAAUGCAAUAUUACACACUGCCCACCUCAACACAAAAUGGAUAUGAAUAAAAUAAGACACGCGCAGAGUAGGAGUUAUCAAUCGAAUUUAAUAGGAGAUGAUAUGCAUUAUGAUCAAGUUGAUUACGCUCGACAAUGGAGUUACCAUUGGGUUGUCCAUAAACACAGCACCACGGAAUGUUCCACUGCUUGUGGUACUGGUUACAGAAACCGCACAGUGUCCUGCAUUGGUACUUCUCCAGAUGGCGAAAAUUUUACGUUCACAGAUGCGAGGUGUGAACAUCUACGACGAAAACCACCGACUUCUAUUGUAUGUAAAAGAUACGAUUGCGCUCAUGCUUGGUUAGAAAGCAACUGGUCACCUUGUUCCGUCUCCUGUGGAGUUGGUAUUCGUCAUAGACAAGUCACUUGCAAUAUGGUACAACGUUAUCCGCAUUUACAUUUUAUCCCAACUGAUUCCAAUAAAUGCGCUUUGGUUGGAAGGCCACACUUUGAAGAACGUUGCUCGGAGAUGGACUGUAGUGAUCCAUUCAAAUGGAAGAAAGGAGACUGGCAGAAGUGUCGCUCGCAAUGCAAAGAUGAGAAGCAAUUUAGAAGAGUAUAUUGUGUUGACAGAAGGAAUAAUAGGGUACCAAAUUGGAAAUGUGCACAAUUACGAAGGAACAAACCUAGAAGGAGAAGGAAAUGUGGGAAUAGAUCGUGUUCAGAUGCAAGGAGUUGUAAAGAACUUCAAAGGAUUAAGAAUGAGAGCAGGAAUAACGAUUAUUGGUUGCGAAUUGGCAACAAACGAGCGAAAAUUUAUUGUUAUAAAAUGGACACAGAUAAUCCGGAGGAGUUUAUUACUUUACUGGAUGGAGAAUCUAACUUUUCUGAGGUUUAUGCACGGAAUGGAUAUCAUGGUCAUAGUUGUCCUGCAGAUACUUCUUCGAGUAUGCAGAGGACCAAGUUUUGGAAGUUUAGACUCGAUAUUCAUCGUAUGAUAAUUAUUGCUGAUGAUUUUACCCAUUCUCGAUCACGUUCGGAUCAAAUACCUUUGGGCACCGCAGCUGAUUGUUUCGGGAAUUAUGGACGAUCUUGCAUUAAGGGACAGUUUAAAAUCGACUUGUCCCGAACUUCCUUUAGAUUUUCUUCGGAUAUAAGUUGGAUACCAUACGGGCAGAGUCCUAGAAAGUUGAUCAAAACUUCAAAUACUACUAUCACAGGACUAUGUGGAGGCAAUUGUGGCGGAUGCAAAUUCAAUCCCAGCAUUGGCCUCAAGGUGGAGAUCACAUGAUGUGAAUUCAAUCCACCCAAGGAAACCUCAUCUACCUCACAUCGCCGCUCUAGCGCAAGAAUGAGUUGACUCAAACGAUCCGGAACACAUUUGGUACAAAGCAGCUCUCUAUUCUCCGCGGAAAUAAUCUUGUCUUUUACAAUACGUGCCAUUUAAAUCAUUGCCAAAUAUAAUGUUUACACUGUGUAGAAAAUUAAUUGAGGUACAUAUUUUCUUUGUAUUGAACGUAUGCAAUUAUUGAUGACUGCCAUUAUUUGUUAGAUUUAGUAAAACUGCCAAUUUCAAUGAUGAUUGUAAUUGUACAAAAUGCCAGGCAGCUUUCUUAAAAAAGUUUGAAAUUGUGUAAUUAUUGUAAUUAUUAACAUGUUUGUAAUCUGUAUGCAGGUACUUAUUGACAGAGGAACAACGCAAAAUUUGUUUUAAAGUUUUGCGUUUGUUUACAGUGAUACCGAAUUUCGGUUGACUAUCAAAGUAUUACAAUAAAGCAGAAAAUUGAUGUUAUGUUAGUGCUUUGUAUGAAUGUCGUUUGUUGAAAAUGGAAGACAUUUUAAGCAAUUAAAUAUUACAAAUAUUUGUGAUUGUAUUGACACAUUAAAAUAUGAAUAAAAUCUUUUACUCUCA